GAAAGAGAGAGCGUUUGUGAAGGAGAGAGGCUGGGAGGGAGGGAAGAAGGGAGGGAAAAGGGAAAGCGCCGCCGCUUCCUCCCGUCACUAAAGCAAUAACCUAUUAGGAUUUUUUUUUUAAUUUUUUUUUUUUUUUUAAUGGGCAACUGUCACCCCAGAGCUAAAGAGGGAGAAGAGAAGCACCGCCAGACCAACUCUUGCCAUUUCCAGUCAGAAGUUGCAGACUUCAUGUAGCUGCCUCUCGUCUGCCGAGAGAGGGAUGGGAAUGGUGUGCAGUGCAGAGUGGAAAAUACCCCCCCUUUAAGAAGUGCACCGGAUUUUUCUCUUGCUGUUUGUUUGGGUUGUUGCGUGCCCGUUAGACACCCAAAGGAUCACCGCUUCAUAGGAAUGAAACGUGGAGAGGAUGACUAACGACAGAACUGUGAAUUUGUUCCCUGGAGUUGCUAAUUUGCCACCCCGAAGCAACACAUAUCUCGAGGACGAAGCGUUUGGCUGCUGCUGAUUUCUCCAAAACUGGUGGUUUACCAGAUGCAUUGUGCUGUAUCUGCUGGAACAGAUCAUUGCUUAGCUGCAGCAGAUCGUCAAAGGUAGACAACUAACUGAUGUCUCCAAAUAAGAAAUGAGAUGUAAUGCAUCCUGCAGUCCAUGCAUGCCUCCUCUUGCAAAUCACUCAUCAUUCCGCUCUGGAAACCUUUAAGUCCUAAAAUCCGUGAAAAGAGAAUAAAAACAUUAUCAUGGACCUGAGGGAUUUUUACCUGUUGGCUGCUCUGAUUGCCUGUUUAAGGCUGGAUUCUUCUCUAGCUCAAGAACUUAUUUACACUAUUAGAGAGGAGCUGCCUGAAAAUGUACCCAUAGGGAACAUACCAAAGGACCUGAACAUUUCUCAUAUCAAUGCUGCCACAGGGACCACUGCCAGCCUUGUCUACAGACUGGUGUCUAAAGCGGGGGAUGCACCUCUGGUCAAAGUGUCCAGUAACACGGGGGAGAUCUUUACAACGUCUAACAGAAUAGACAGAGAAAAACUCUGUGCUGGAGCUUCCUAUGCAGAAGAAAAUGAGUGUUUCUUUGAACUUGAAGUGGUGAUUCUCCCUAAUGACUUUUUUAGGCUGAUUAAAAUAAAAAUCAUUGUAAAGGAUACUAAUGACAAUGCACCUAUGUUUCCAUCCCCCGUCAUAAAUAUCUCCAUCCCAGAAAACACUCUGAUCAACAGUCGCUUUCCAAUCCCAUCAGCAACAGAUCCUGACACAGGUUUCAACGGUGUGCAGCACUAUGAGUUGUUAAACGGGCAGAGUGUCUUUGGACUGGAUAUUGUAGAAACUCCAGAAGGAGAGAAAUGGCCUCAGCUGAUUGUGCAGCAGAACUUGGACAGAGAGCAAAAGGACACCUACGUGAUGAAAAUCAAAGUGGAGGAUGGAGGUACCCCCCAGAAAUCCAGCACAGCUAUCCUGCAAGUCACAGUAAGUGAUGUCAAUGAUAACAGGCCAGUGUUUAAAGAAAGUCAAGUAGAGGUUCAUAUACCAGAGAAUGCCCCUGUAGGCACCUCUGUAAUUCAGCUUCAUGCUACAGAUGCAGAUAUAGGAAGCAAUGCAGAAAUCAGAUAUAUUUUUGGUGCCCAAGUUGCCCCUGCAACCAAAAGAUUUUUUGCUUUAAACAACACCACAGGGCUGAUUACAGUUCAGAGGUCCCUAGAUCGAGAAGAGACUGCUAUUCACAAAGUGACAGUGCUGGCUAGUGAUGGUAGCUCUACACCAGCCCGAGCAACUGUCACCAUCAAUGUCACUGAUGUAAACGAUAACCCUCCUAACAUAGACCUCAGGUACAUAAUAAGUCCCAUCAAUGGCACAGUGUACUUAUCUGAGAAAGAUCCCAUCAAUACAAAGAUUGCCCUUAUUACAGUUUCAGAUAAGGACACUGAUGUGAAUGGCAAAGUGAUCUGUUUCAUUGAGAGAGAGGUCCCCUUCCACCUGAAAGCAGUUUACGACAACCAGUACUUGUUAGAGACCUCUUCUUUGUUGGACUAUGAGGGCACCAAAGAAUUCAGCUUUAAAAUUGUGGCUUCUGAUUCUGGCAAGCCCAGUUUGAACCAGACUGCCCUGGUAAGAGUUAAGCUGGAGGAUGAAAAUGACAACCCUCCGAUUUUCAGCCAGCCUGUAAUUGAGCUGUCAGUUUCUGAAAACAACCGGCGUGGUCUAUACUUAACAACUAUUAGUGCCACAGAUGAAGACAGUGGGAAAAAUGCAGACAUUGUUUAUCAGCUUGGUCCUAAUGCCUCCUUUUUUGAUCUGGAUCGAAAGACAGGAGUUUUGACAGCCUCCAGAGUUUUUGACAGAGAAGAGCAGGAGCGUUUCAUUUUCACUGUUACAGCCCGAGACAACGGCACCCCUCCUUUGCAGAGUCAAGCAGCUGUAAUUGUUACCGUGUUGGACGAAAAUGACAACAGUCCCAAAUUUACUCAUAAUCAUUUCCAGUUUUUCGUAUCAGAGAACUUGCCAAAGUAUAGCACAGUGGGGGUGAUCACAGUGACUGAUGCGGAUGCUGGGGAAAAUAAAGCAGUGACCCUUUCCAUCCUGAAUGACAAUGAAAACUUUGUGCUGGAUCCGUACUCUGGAGUUAUAAAGUCCAAUGUUUCCUUUGAUCGAGAACAGCAGAGCUCUUACACCUUUGAUGUUAAAGCAGUGGAUGGAGGGCAACCUCCUCGCUCUUCUACAGCAAAAGUAACCAUAAAUGUGAUGGAUGUUAAUGAUAAUAGCCCCGUUGUCAUCUACCCACCUUCUAAUACUUCUUUUAAGCUAGUGCCACUCUCAGCGAUUCCAGGAUCGGUGGUAGCCGAAGUCUUCGCUGUGGAUAUAGACACUGGCAUGAACGCUGAGCUGAAGUACACAAUUGUAAGCGGCAAUAACAAGGGUUUGUUUCGGAUUGAUCCAGUGACAGGUAAUAUCACCCUGGAAGAAAAACCAACUCCUAAUGAUGUGGGGCUGCAUCGCCUAGUUGUCAACAUAAGUGAUUUGGGUUAUCCCAAAUCCCUGCAUACUCUUGUGCUUGUAUUUCUGUAUGUAAAUGAUACUGCUGGAAAUGCCUCUUAUAUUUAUGACUUGAUACGCAGGACUAUGGAAACACCCCUGGAUCGGAACAUAGGGGACAGCAGCCAACCCUACCAAAACGAGGACUAUCUCACGAUCAUGAUUGCUAUUGUGGCAGGUGCCAUGGUUGUCAUAGUGGUGAUAUUUGUCACAGUUCUUGUUCGAUGUCGACAUGCAUCCAGAUUCAAAGCUGCCCAGAGGAGCAAGCAAGGUGCUGAGUGGAUGUCUCCCAAUCAGGAGAACAAGCAAAACAAGAAAAAGAAAAGGAAGAAAAGGAAAUCUCCAAAGAGCUCUCUUUUGAACUUUGUGACCAUUGAGGAGUCCAAACCUGAUGAUGCAGUUCAUGAACCUAUCAACGGGACAAUAAGCCUUCCAGCAGAGCUGGAGGAGCAAAGUAUAGGAAGAUUUGAUUGGGGCACAGCACCACCAACAACCUUUAAGCCUAACAGUCCUGAUCUUGCCAAGCAUUACAAAUCUGCCUCUCCGCAAUCUGCUUUUCAUCUCAAACCUGACACUCCAGUUUCAGUGAAAAAGCACCAUGUGAUUCAGGAACUCCCGUUGGACAACACCUUUGUUGGUGGUUGUGACACCCUUUCCAAACGCUCUUCCACUAGUUCAGAUCACUUCAGUGCCUCAGAGUGCAGUUCCCAAGGAGGCUUCAAGACAAAGGGCCCCUUACACACCAGACAGCUAGUGAGUUACGGGGGAGAUUUGUUUUGAAGUCUUGGCAUGGGUUGUCCUGCAUCUUCUGUUGCACAGAGAGAAAACUGAGUAACAGAGCAUUUGUCAGGAUUUGUUGGCAUGUAGAAUCUGCAGUUUCUUAUGACCUGAUGUUGUAGCUUUGCCAUUUCUUUUGUGAAAUGUCACACUGAACUUUUUGUGCGUAAAUAUGAAUAUUAUUACUUCAAAGUUGUUUGUAAUAUGCACACUUCUUGUUACAAGAGGAAUAUAAGGAGCCUUUUUUUAGAGUAACAGUUCAGCAUUGGAAGCUAAAACAAAGCUGGAGUAAAUCUCCUGAUUUAUGCCAUCUGCAGCCCUUUCUGAUAUUAACUUCUUUAUAAAAGCAAAAGGAUGAUGUUUAGAUAAUAUUUCCAAAAUCUAAAAAAUAUUUAAAAUUAUUCAGUAAUGAAAUUAAUUAAAAAUAAUUUUACUUUUAGCUUAAUUUAAUAAAAUGUGGAGGAUCAGCUGUCACAUUUUUCUUCCUUCCUUUGUUUCCUCCCCCAGGUUCACAGAAACAAGAUCUAGGUAAAAUUUUAAAAAAGCAACAUCUACCCAGUCAAAUAAAUUAAAUUAAAUAUUCUCACUGGCUGAUAGUUGAAAAAGGGGAGGUGUUGUUAUUGAUGUGUAAAACACUCUGUUGCCUGAAACCGAUAUUCAUUCAUUUGCUCUCAUUCCUUCCAUUCAAAUUGUUAGAUACAGCUACUUUAUUUGUAAUUCUGCAGGAUGUUCUUAGUACCUCCUAAGCUUUCAUGUGUUGCUAGUAAGAAAAUUCUGUGGUUGAUUUUCUUAAUUACUAAUUUUCUUAAUUGUUAAAAAUUCUUGAAUUUUCCAUCAAAUUGAACUAAUUUAGCCUAUGCCUUCCAAGAUCAUACAACCUUUGAAACACCAAAAAAAGAGGAAGACUGCAUUUCACUUGUAAAAUAAUAUUUGCCAUUCCUACAACCUCUUCUUGAUUGGUGGGUAGCAGUAGUAGCUCUUAAAUGGCUAAACCAAAUAGAUGCAAAUUUCUGUCUCAUUGUCUGUGCUUCUUCAAAGCACAUAAGGUUAUGAAGACAAUUGUGUUUCUGAUGUAAAGGUUCAUUAGGAUACAUAUGUCUCUUAUUUAUGACCUAUAUAUCAAAUUGUUAUAGAGAGUUUUCAUUGAGAUUUCUUAAGAGCAAUAAAGAAUUUGCUACUGAACUUCAUGGUGAAAUGCUUUCACUGCUGAGUUCUAUCUUCUCUUACCAGUAUUUUUUCGAAGAAAGUUUUCACGGAAGUUUGGUAUUGCAGGAAGGGGUCCUGAACUCCAGAAAAGGGUGCAGAGUAAUGAAUUUUAAGAGAACACCUGCUUCCUGUGUAGAAUAGGAUGCAGAGCCCAAAAGGGAGUGAUAUUUGACUUGUGGUUUUAGUGGCUUUACAUUCAGUGGUGUAGGCUUUGGGAAUACUGUUGUUAUGCCGGUCCCUCUUCUUGCAAUAUGUAAUGAAUAUAUCUGAACAUUGUGGUUACUUCAGAUGCCCAACCUCUGACUGUGGAUCUGGCCUUAUUUCUGUAAAGUAUGUUCACAAAAAGUAUAAUCUGUACAGUUUUCACCAGUAUACUUAGUUUGUAGUGCCUGUGCACACAUUUUUCUUCUGUUGACAUUAUGGUGGGAUUCACCUUGCCAGAAUUAUAAUUGUAUAUCAAAUCUAAUCUGCUAAACUGGGUUCAUGAUUUACUCCACCCUGAAGAAAAUACAGUGGUUUAAUCUGGUUGCCAAAGCUGAUGAACACAGUUGGGUGAAUAUAUCCCACAUCCAGUGAAGAGUAUGAUUCAGGGUGAUCCAUAUUCUUCAUUAUCCAGUUUUCUCACUGAAGUCAAGAGACAGGUUUUAAGGUUAUAUAUUUCUUUAAGUGAAGAUAAUAUUUGAAUAGUGCAUAUGGGAAAAAAAAUGUAUAAUGUACACAGUUUCCUUUGAGAAAGUCUUCUUUAGAUUAUGGCUCAAAUUCAAAGGCUCCCAAGUCAACAGAAGGAUUCUUGCUGACUUUUUAUUAAAAUGUUAUCUGGCCAUCAGCUAUCUAUUUUAGAAGAUGGUGCAAUGAAACAACACUUACUUUGUUUUGAAGCUGUUCCAAGUAUUUCUGUUUCUCUCGCACUUCGUUUUCCUUGGUACCUUGUUCUGUGAACAUAAGUACAGGCCAUUCACAUUAUAGUGUAAAAAUGUUUCUUCUACCUCUCUGUAGCCAUGUGUCUAUACCAGUAUGAAUCUUCAGUUAGUUGUCAGAUUUCAGUUUCACCAUUGCAAAAGUACAGGUCAAAAUGUCAGUGACUUUACCAGCUAGUGCUACCAGUAAGAAAAUUUGAAAUUACUUUCAGUUUAUGACAACAGUACCCUGAAAUAUGCAUCAUACUGAAGUUUGUGGCAUCUAGAGCAGCAGGAGGUAGGCAGUGUACAAGUUGCAAAGCCCUAGUUAUCUCCCAACUGCCAGAUAAAUAAAUAACAAACAAAACACACACACACACACACCACCCCCCCAAAACCAGCAAAUGAAAUCUGCAUCUGUCUAAAGACAGUAAACCUUUCCUGUUCAAAUUUAAUCUCUGUACUGUACAGGAGAUGGACUUUGCUGUUUGAGAUUUCAUCACUUUCAUUGCAGAAAGCUGUUACAUCUGUCAAAUAUUUCAGUUUGAAAUGAAUGCUUGAUUUUUUUUUCCUUUGUAUUCUACAAGAGCGCCAGGUCGUCAAUCAGCAGAAGUACAAAAUGAGACAACAUAGGUGAUCCACUGCUGUGAUUGGCAUUUUAUUUUUAUUUUACAACAUCUUUUUUCUUCCUCAAACUUAAAAACGGCAGUGUUUGUCUAUACUGUGGAAGCAGAUGAUGAACAUGCAUAUAGUGAAGGGAAGCCAUCCAUGAUUCACCUGAAUCCUGUUUGUCAUGGCUACUCAUGCGCAUUCUAUUGAGAGUACUGGUACAAUCCAGCUGGUUAGUGAAGCUGCAGGUGACUACCUGUGUGAAUUGUGUGAACAUCAGUCAUGUGAGUGAGAUGAAAAUACGUUGCAUGAAUGGGAUUUAAAUGCACUUAGUUUUGUUAUUCUUCAUCCUUGCUUUAGUAUUAAAGCAUUGAAACAAAAGUCAUGCAGUAUUUAGCUAGUAGAGCAGGACCACUUCUGAGUGGGCUGUGUAAGCUUUCAAAUUGCCUCCAUGCAAAGAGGUGGUCCAAAACCUUCAGUAAAUAAUAUGAAUCUUGUAAUAUUUUUAGUUUUCUGAUCUGUUUCACUGGGGGAGAAUCAGAACUUUAGUUUCUUAAUGUGAUUUUUCAAAUUCUGGACUAAGAAAUUGGCAAAAUCAUAGGUACUUCUUGGGAGUUUUGAGGAACUGAUGCACUUUUAUACUUUUGUGAUGUGUCUAUUGGUAGCAUCCCCAAUGAACAUCUCUGGAUUUCACUGGUACUCAGAUUUGCUGAAAUCUAGGCUUUGGCCUUCUUCUGUGCUUUAGGAGUUCAUUAAGAAAUAUUCUAAUCUGUCACAGAAUACCAAGAAACUAAUGGCUUGUGGAAUAUUUUAGUCUUCAAGCUUCCACUAUAAAUGAUAUGGAAAGUAGUGUCAUUUGUCUGAUGCUUAAAUACAUCGCCUUCCUUUAUGAGAUACUGUCUCUGUCCUUUCUGGUUUCUCUUUUUAAUCUCUUCUUUUAUUCUCUGAGGACACUUAUUUUCGUAAAACAUAUUUAUGCACAUAUUAGAAAUCUGACUUUUCUCCUCAAAUGAACAGUACCACAGUAAAGAAGUGGCACAUUUUAUGUUCGAUCUGUUCUAGUACACCUGACUUAUAAGUCCCCACAAGGACUUUUAAUGAACCAACUGGCUUCUUUAAGAUUCAAAGAUUUGAAGCGUGUGGAAGAGUAUCUGGAUAGAAGCAUAAUAUGGGAAGUAAAACACUUGCUGAACUAGAUAGUUUCUUGCUGUGUCUUGUUCCAGUAGCUUUAAAAGAAUCAAAAUAGAAUUAAUUAUACUUAUUAACACAAAUCUGAGAAGAAAAUCCCUUCCUGCAGUAUGUAACAUAUGUUUUCUUUCUCUAGCUUGGUGGCAUACUAAAUUUGGAUUGCAAAACUGAGCUGAACGUUUGGCAGAAGAGAAACUAGGGCCUAACUUCAAACCAUGGAUUUGCAGACAUGUUAGCUGGGACAGCUCCUUGUUAUAAUUGGAGGUAGUAAAUGUAUUAGCCCUAAGCUGCAUCUCAAAAUCUGAAGUAUGUUUAAUUUGGUGGACUUGUAAGGUCUAAAAGCAGGUAUAGGGAGGACAGAGGUGGUUGAUUUUGUAGUGUUACGCACUUGCAUUUUAAUACUGACCGAAUCUGAUUUACUUGUAUUUGACACUAUAUAGGCAUCCUAAAUGUGCACAAUAGCGGAGUUAAACUAGUUUCAUAUGGUAUAAUGGUUUUUAUGAAUAAUUUUCCUUCAUACCAGUUAGUAUCUCCAUUAUAGACAUACACAACUAAUCAUCUUCAUAUAUCUUCACCUACAGCUGCUGAAGUACUGGGCAAUACAGUAGUACCAGCUAGCUUCCUGCAUUUCACCAUCUGUUUUUGUAACCAUCCUGUAUCUAUUGUAGUUGAAACAAGUUGACAGAAUAAUAAUUUAAUAUAUGUUUUACUUGAUUUUUUUCUUUUCUCUAUAUAAGAUCAUUCAUACUUUUCUUUCAUAUGGCAUAAUAAAUUCACAAUUUGUAAUAGGUGUGGUAUCUCACAGACUUAUGAUAGAAAAUUGAUUCUGAAAACAACAAAAAAUGGAAAUUACAAAGCAGAACAGUGGACAUUGCAACUCAGUAACUCAAUAGUGCUUCUUGAAUUCAGCAAUUUGAAAGUGAGGUUGGGAUAAGAGAUGAAAACACUCAUAUAUCUUUACAUUUCAAAAUGGUUAAAAGAUGACUGGACUUGUAGGAAAACUUACUCUUUUAAUAAGAAAGCUGGCAGUGCUGCUGUGAUAUACAGAUAGUCAGUGAUCCUUGAGUCUGCUGGUUUAAAGCAGCGUGCUGAGCACUUUUCAGCAGAGCAGUUUCAUUCAAGGCCUGCUGAAGCUUUAUAGAUGGUGCAGAUCACCUCCAGACAAAGUACUUCUUGUUGUCAUCUCUGAUUUUUAUCUGUCAUAAAUAUGUCACAGAAGUAAUUCCAAUUUCAGAACUUUCAUUCUUCGGAUCAGUGGUGACCACAUUAAAAAACGUUCUGUAUUCACUAUCUCACCCUUGGUAUUUUUUAAGAUUUUUGUGUCCUAGUGCUAAAUACCAGCCUUAGUUGUAUUCAGUAUUGUGGAAGUUCAUUUCACUAAGCCUCUAGCUACUGAAAAGUGUUAUAUCUUACAUCCUGCUGUCCUCAGUAAAGAUAGUUGGGGGUCAAGAGAGCCCUCUGCACUGUAUGUUCUUGCUUUCUGCUGCUCAUGACAUUUGGAGUCUGAUAGGGAUGCUGUGAUAGCACCUUCAGUUAAAAGCCAUAGGCAACAAGUCUAACAAAGAGAUCCUUAAGAGUGCUUAACAUUAUGCCAUUGCCUUGCUAGAAUAAAACCAGCAUGAGAAUAAAUUGCCUAUGUUAGCUUAAUUGUGAUCUUCACCUAAGUGCUACUCAUGAGACCUUAGACCUAGCAGAAAGCCCUAGCUGAAGUAUCGAGGCGGUGUUUUGGGGUUGCUUAAAUUUAUCAUAUUUCUGUUAGAAAACUCUGACACAAUUCUAUUGAAGCUUUAAAGCCUUAAGCUUUUGCUGCUUGUUUGGGUUUUCAUUACCUUUACAUCUAUACAGUUACACAGAUAAUGAAAAACCUGAAAAACCUGCAUAUCGCUGCAUGUAACACAGCUCUGCAACUAUUUACCACCUCAUUAGUUUUUUCAAUAGCAAAGAUAAGUUAGCAUUCUGUCAGGAAAUUUGAACCACCACCACAUCCUGCUGAAGCUUAUAAGGCACGGCAUAGUAGCUUUCACAAAGUGCAUUAACUCGCGCCCCAGAAGAUGCAAUCUUGUAAACACAAAAAAAUCAUACGGCUUUUUUUAUCUGUGAAGCCAAUAUGUUUGACAUUUUGCCCUGUAAAUGUUGCUGCUCUUAGAAAUCUUUUAAAAUACAAAGGGAGAAAUUCUGUUUUUGUCUUAUUCUGCACAAUGCAAUUGACUGAAGUGAACCUAAUCUCAUUUACAUUUGGACUGUGCUGUGAGCUCAUUACUCUUUAAACAUGAUGUGCCUUUUUCUCAUUUUUGUUAGGAUUCUGUCUUCACUGAAAAAGAAAAGGUGCGUUUUACAUCAACAUUGCUAUUGUGAGGUAUCUGUCUAAAUGUAAAAUCCUUGUGGAGACAAGAAGCAGGUAUUUGUACCUUGAUGUAGCUUGAUGUAGCUGGUUGAGGUCAGCCCCAAACAGUACACCUGGGGUUGAUUUCUACUGGCUAUGUACACGUGAAACUACAAUACCUUAUAAUUAGCAGGAUUUUAUGCUGCCUUUUACACUAUCUUGCAAUGAGAUGCCUUUGAGGAUAUGAAUUAUAUAUACUUAUUCUAGGUCCUUGAAGACUUCUAAAGUGAUGCAAAGUGAGUCUCUGUCCUACUGUCUGGCAAAAUAAUUUAAUUUAGUCCUGUGGCUGAAUUAAAGUCCUUGAACUUUCUCAUAAAAUCCUGGCAAUAUUAGCAGAGGUACGCCUAAGAGUUCCUGCCAGUCUUGCAUCACUGUCUGGUAUAAUUCCAAUGCAUUUUCAUAACUUUUCAAUGUUCUACAAAAGUUCAAAAAUCCAAGAAGCUCUGAGGCAUUGGUACUACUGUUUUGCAGAGUAUGCAUGAUUGCAAUAAUGAUUGUGGCUGUAUACAGUGGCUAUAACUCAGUAUCCCCCAUGAGGAGUAAUAUGAAUCAUCAAAAUCAAACAUUAAUUCAACACAGGCCUUUACCUCAUGAUGGUGAUGGUAUAGAUGUGCCUAUAUUAAACUUUUACUUCUGAAAGAUGCAAUGUUUUAUAGGAAGCAGGAUCAGAAUAAAACAUUUGUGCAGUAGUUUGAGUAGUUUGAGUCUACCUGCUCCUAAGAAUGCAGUUUUCAGUGUGUGUCUCCCACCUUUGUUAAAGUGUCUCCUGAAACUGUCCAUAGGUUUGGGUUGCUGUCAACUGAUGGGUUACCAUUGCGUUAAAAAACACCUAUAAGAUUUGCUGUUCAUUUUAGAUAACUAACCUAUGUAAACAGUUGUUUUAUACAUCUUAAAAUGUUUGUAUAGUGUUGCCUCAUCUCUUUAUUUUUGAACUAAACUGAAUGACAUUUUUUGGUAUUUUCUACUUCUGAACUUUCUAGGUAAUUUGCUUUCUUCAUAUACUGCACAGAUGCUCAACCCAUCCUCUCCUUUCCAAUAUACUUUUUUAAUUUAUUAUUCUUUUCCCCGAAAAAACCUACCUACAAGACCACGUAUUUGAUAGAGUCAGUAGUUACUCAGUGUGAGACAUUUCCCAUUCCUAUGUGAUACCUGCUGGCUGCUGCUUCCAAUUAUGCCAUAUGCUGGAAAGCUAAACUGUUGAAGUAUUGGAGUCAAUGUUAUAAUCAAACUAGUUAAGAAGGUAGCAGUGUGUCUCAUAGAGGGUUCUGGACAAUGUCUGAUUUCUGCCAUAAGCAAAAUACUGACAAGUUCUCCUUUGUUUUGCUGCUUUUUCACGUAGCAGAGAGCUAGACAUACAUUCAUUAUAUUGUAAAAUCAUAACCUUCGAGAUCUUGCUGAAUCUGCCCUACAGCUAUUUAUCACAUGAUUGCAGGGAAUGAAAAUAGCAUUCUUCCUUCUACUAGGAAUAUGUUGCUUACCUUGGGGCAAGACAGUGCAUAAUUUUAUGUGUGCCUAGUUUUGCUGUUAUAUAUAGACUGUUUUGAGAUGAAUCAGUGUUAUCAUUUCCCAGAAUUUAGCACUAGUGUUUUAGCAGAGCCAAGGAGAUUUCAUAUACUUAGGCUCUUGGCUGCAGAAGUGACCAGGGAUCGCAAGUCUGAGUCACAUUUAUAUUAAUGCCAUUUUAUAGUCAUGGACAAAGGCCAAAAAGAUUCCAAUAUAAUUUACUCCCAAGUUAAUUUUUUAAAUUAUUAUUAUUUUUUUGGGUUAGGGCUGCAUGUAGUAGUCUCUAAGUAAAGGCUGUCUCAACCCAAUUCUUAUUUCACAUCCAUUCAUUUCACAUUUGUGAAAUUACAGCUAUUUUAGUGGUGGUUUUGCUUAUAAUCAAGAAUUGAAUCUGUCUCCUCAUGUUUGUGCAAUAAUCCCUUUUUCUUCCUCCCACAAACAGGCAGCAGGAGACUCAAAGAUCUGUAAGACUCUUUUUUCCUUCCUAUGGCACCUGUCCUUCUCUUGCAGCUUCUUCUAUAAUAUCUGGUUUUUAAUAAGAAACAUUAAUUCACUUUAAAUAGCAAGAAUUAGGGAAGCUAAAGAUCAGUCCCUCUCCACAAUUACCAGCUUUACUAUUGAGUUGCUUCUCUGAUGCUUUUAUAAGCAUAGCCCUACUCUAGCUGUGUACGUAAUAUGUUGACUUCUUGACUUCUUGAGUUACUUUUUCUACAGGGUGACCUGCAGUGUGUAGUUGUAAGCACAUUCUCUGAUACUACAUGGACACUUUCUGUCAUGGCCUACUUUUGAGCUACUUCUGCAUAUAAACAGCAUUUUUUAGGUAUUGUCUAAAGAUAAACAUUUCUGGAAUAAAAUUUCUGAGCUAUGUAAAUUGAGUUUCAGUUUUUAGUGUCUGCAAUAUUUUAAUAUCUUAAGAACAGCAGGACACCUUGAGAUUUACAGAAAAAGACUGAGGCAUAUAUUGAUGAAAACAGUUGAAUAUGCAAGUCAGGUUACAUCCACUCUUUUAAGGAAUAAAAUACUUCCAAGUGUAGUUGUUUUGAUAAUCUGUGCCCUUAACAGGAACUUGUACAGUUAUAAAAUAAGUCUUGUUAUCUUCUAAUCACAAGGGACAAAAUAAUCACGUUUCUAGUCCGGGGAUCUGUGGUAUUUUUAAGUAGUUUAGCACAAUGGUGAGAUGCAUUAUACUUAAUCCAAACCCACUGGAGCUUCCUGUUAUGCUGUUCCAACUUGCUGUGUGAAUUUUCUUCAGGAGAUUCCUAGUUGUUCAAAGCUUAAUAAAAACAGACAUCAGAAAGGGAGAAGUUUGUUUUUAUUUCCUUCUGGACUGAGUUAGCUGUCCCAAAGUAUAGGUACAAAAGCAGCAGUCCACUUUUUCAGACUUAGCUGAGGCAAAAGUACUGUUAAAAAUUCUGCAGAACAUACUUAGGCAAAGUUCUCAUUAAUUUUAUCGAGAAUUCUGCCUGAUUAAGACCUAUUUCCCCCUUAUCUCUUGAGUUUCUUGGACAAACUGUGUUGACUCUGAUCCAGUAAAGUAGAGCAAGCUUCUUAGUCUGGCACAUUAAAUAAAAGCUCAACUUGGAAAGGAAUGCAGUAUUUUGUCUUUGCAUUUCAAUCAAGUUGAAAGUCCUUAUUUUAAGCUUAGGUUGAGAAUCAUCUCCCAGUAAUGUAACAUCAUUUACAAAGUCAGGUGAUAGAUGCUUGGAAUGAAUACAAGAGUAUGAUGGGGCACGUCUUUCCUGUUAUAAAAACAAAAAUAAAUAAAUGCAGCGUUCAGACUUCCUUAUUCAGUUCUGUCAGGCAACUCUGUUCUGACUUCAGUGCUCCUGCUGUUUUGAAUCAUAGACCUUUCUUUUAACACAGACAGGGUAUUAUACUAAUCUGCAUGCUGGGAAAAAGUCCAGUUGAGAGUAGCUGGAAGUCUAAAGGAAGUUUCACUCUUGACCACAGCCCGGUUUUGAAUCAAGAUUGCUAAUGUAGGAAGGCUUGCUACCUCGGGAGUUGUGGAGAGGUCUUGCACCUCUUUCUCAAAACUCUUUUGUCCUUUUUUCCUCUCAUUUUGCUUCCUUUUCUCUGGGAAAAUUACUCAUAUUUCUACCAGUUUAAUAAUCAAUAGAGUUGGACUUUUUAUUUCUAAAACAAAUGAAGAUUUUUUUUUCACUUGUACUGAGACUUAAAUCUCUGCCAAAAAUUUGAAUAGAAAUCACCAACUGUUCUGUAAUUUUUAAGCAAUUACUGUUGAAUACACACACUGCGAUUCAAAAUGCUGUAAAUACAUAAAACUUCAGCAAGAAAAAUCUAGCACAAAUCAUAAACAAUUACUGGUUCAAAUACUAAUAUACAUAUUUUUGAUGUUAAUACAUAUAAAUUAUGAAACAUAAAUACAUUGUCAGUAACUCCAUGAAUGAUUUAUAGUCUUAUCACAUGUUGAAUAAGGGGAGACUGCAUGUACACUGAAUGCUUGUAAACUAAUUUAUCUCACAGGAGUAGUGACAGUACUCGGUUUAAUAUACAGAAAUACUUGUUAAGAAGCAUACCAAAACAAUAUGGUGAGUUUAGUCCAAGAUCAUACCAGAAGGUCUGUCCUUCAGUUCUCUGAAUCAUAAGAAGAAACAGAUUGUUUCAAACAGAAAAUGAGGAAUAACGUAAUCUAACCAGUCUGCACUUUGGCAGAGUCGUUAUAGGAUGGCUGAGGUUUCUUGCCUGUUCUCAGCUACUGAAAUUAUUUAACACAAUACUAAAGAACUGACCAUUUAAAUUGAGAAUAUGUUUUCUUGUGAAGCAAUCAUCUUGGUAGGUUCAGACAGGUCUUUGUCAAUGGGUAGUUACAUCAUGCUCCUCAGGGUCAACCAGCAGGGUGAACCAGUUGGUUGCAUCAGCUGUCACUUGGGAACUGUAGUAUUUAAUAGAUGUAGGACAAAAAUAGAUACUUGCUUCCAUCACAAUUUUUAUUUCUUCUCCUGAAGCCUUCUGUCCAUGAUUCUUGUUGAACUUUGAAGUCCAUAAAGUUUUUUUCUGGGGCUUGGGAACUGUCACUUUACUUUUUAGAAAUCUAUUGAUUUCUGUUUUGUGACUCCUGCGUGGUUUUUUGUGGGUUUUGGUUUUUUUUUUUUUUUUUCCUGAGGCAACAGGCUUAGCUUUUCUGCCUCUUUUAAGGCACUUUGGCUUAUGUUCCUAUUAUCUAACCAAAGGUAUCAACAGUAUAUUACUUCUUUUCUCUUUCUUACCCUGACUGCAGGCUUACUUUUUUUUUCACCUUUGCUUUAUUUUGAAGGAGAAUGAGCAAAUACUCCCACAGAGUAACUAUUACUUGUUAUGCAGUGAAUCAUAUAUCGGUUGCAUGUUACUGGCUUGUCCUGUUUUAUCAAUAGCAUUACCUAUGUAGGCUCAAUUAGCCUAUUUGGUUUUGGAAUCAUAAGCUAUAAAGAUUUCCCCUUCCCUAAACUAGUGUAUUCUGUAUAAAUGAGAGCUAUUUCAAACAGAACAGGCAAAAAUACUUAUAUGAAAUAUAAUGUUGCAUAGCUCCUAAAAAUAAAAUAAAAGAAUUAUACAUUGUUUGUCUAAAUUUAAAAGUGUUUUAGAAUGGAGAAAUACCAUUUUGCUAUUUCAGUGAAGGGUAAAAUGAUGUAUGUAGAAAUAACAUCUUAAAGAUGAUGUUUAUUUUCAAAACAAAUAAUAGAACAUUGAUUAAAAACUAUGUGCAUCAGAUAUAGUAUUCCUUAUGUAGAAAAGUUGUUGAAAUAGAUAUAAAAUGUUGAUGUUUUCAUGGAGGAAAACGUGGCAGGUUUAGAAAGCUGGGAUGCCAAUACCACAUCAGCAGCUAUUUGCAUACUAUUGUCAGGGACAGCCAUUCUGGAGACAAUUCAGUGAAUCAGAGCUGUUUGAUUAAUCAAAUCAAGUCUCUGUUGUAGCAAUGCAAAGAGGUUAUGUCUGCUGGCAAUCUGAUUAGAAAUCAAAUGUUUAUGGAUUAAUGAACACAAAACAAUUGCUUCUAAGCCUCUUUUCAAGCAAAAUCUUAGGUCUUUAGAAAUGUGUCUAAGUAGGAAAUGAUUAGCCGGGUCUGACAGCACAAGGGAGAAUUUAUCCCCUCAAAAUACACUCUUUAUAAUUAAAGAAAAUCCAAGCAAUUAAAAGCAGUCAAAACAAAGCAAAGCACAAAAUCUGUAAGUUGUGUUAUUUUAUUAACAUAUGGAAAUGUAAGCAAAUUGCAAUGAUAGUUACAUUACAUUAUAAUUGAACAGUAAACUUAAUAGAGCUAUUUCAUAUUAAGUGAAGAUCUGUCCAACAAUCUGCCUUUUAAAGAGCAGUCCAGGCCUCAUCUUUAGAUGACCUCACACUUUAAUGUGCAAGAAAGAAGCAUUCUUUCUUUCUUAGCAGUUGUUGUUUGUUAGAUUAUCUUUGAAAACUGUGAACAAUGUGCAUAUUAUAAAAGGAAACGUGUAAUCCAUUUGAGUAUAAAAGAAAGUUCUGCUUUUAUCGGAAUUGACUCAGAAAUAAUUCAGGUACAAUUUUGUGUUCCCUUUGGUCUCUGUUACUCCAAGAAGUUCCUCUGCUUUGGUUUGAUAUUAAAUUAGCAAUAUCUAAAUGCCACCGUUGUCUGCUUCCACUGAGCUUAACAGUUAAUUUUCCAAGCUAAAAUAAAGAGAUUCUUGCUUUCAUAUUUUAUCCCAUCCCCACGGUGCAGCAGACCAAUAAGAAGCAUAUAGUUCUUACCGAGUUAAGAGAAUAGAAACACUUCUCUGAAGAAAAUUGCCUGGCUUUGACACACUGUAGAGAAAAUCAUCAUUUAAAAAUGGAAACAGCUGGAAUGAAUAUCUUUCUCCUGUCAAAGGUGAACAUUAAACUGCUCCCUGAUUUGACUUUCCCUUUAUUUGUUUGAAGAUGAUCAUCAUUACUUUACAAUGCCUCUUCCACUUCCUAAGGUAACAGCAAUAGCUUUACCUGCUUGUUUUUUGAAAACUCAGCUAUGUGUAACAUUUGAUCCACAAGUAGUUGCACUGGCUUCUGUGCUCAACGUAACUGAAUCUUAAAUUCGUGGGGAAUUAAAUUUUUAUCAGAACAGUUUAGAGUUAGCAAAAGACUUCAAUUAAAAUCCAUGGGAAUUUUACAAUUGAUAUGAAGUGCUUUUGAAAAGCCUUCACUUUUGCCUCACGUUGUUCUCGUAAGAAUCACUGAAUUAAAUCCUAAGGGUGUUGUCUGCUAUUUUAUUUGAAAGAUGAUUUAAUCUAGAGGUUAGAAUGUUUUAAAUGGAAACAGUGAUGACGGUAGUUAAUCUGAAAAAAACUCUAAACAAACCAACACCAAAACAAAACCUGCAAGAGAUCAGCCACACUGUCUUAAAACUUUUAACAGCUAUGAAUGUGGUAUUUGUGCAAGGAAAACUAUGAACUGGCCUCUUUGAUCAAAUUUCAUACUGUGUCACCAUCUCAAAGUCGUGAUUCUCUAAGUGUAUAAUAGUGAAUUGUAUUUUUUAGCUGCUUGCUUUAGUUCUAUUAAUUUUGAUUGGUUAGUUCUAUUAAUUUUAGUUGGUUGGCUGGUUUAGUUUUUUGAGUUAUUGUGGUUGCAUUAGUUUAAUUGGGCCUAAAAUAAUUCAAGCAAGGAGCAUAUUCAGUCAUCAUGUUGUCUUGUGACUAUGCAUAUGCAUAGUAGAUAUGAAAACAGGUACAUAUAUGUGCUUAUAUCUACAGGAUUAUAUAUACUUAUUGAAGCAUACUGAGGAUUCUAUCUUAAAGAAAAGACACGAUGGUAGCCAAAGAUACAUUAUUUAUGUUGCCUAAAGAAUAUGCACUGGUAUGUAGUUAAUAGCUCAAGGAAGCAAGUUCAAAGUUACUUUUUUCUAAAGUAACUUUUAGAAAGACCAAUAUUAUUUCUGUUAUGACUAAACCAAAAGUACUUAACGUUUUCAAGUUGAGAAGUUAACCAAGUCCUCAGCCAGUACUGGACAAUCACGUUGUUUAAGAAAACAAAUGAGGAUCUCAUUUCAUUAAUUUCAAGACAUAUUUUGCAGGAUAAAAACAGGUGCCAAAAGUUACAACUGGACAUCUAGUGCAGUUUCAGUCCAAAUCAAUGUGAAGUUUCUCACAGAGACCUAUGGCAUAUAUACAUCAAAGGUGAAUAUAUUCUGUAGGUAUGCCUUUACACAAAAGCGUGAUAGAAGGCAGAUGAGAUGAACAGUUUAUAACUUCCAGGCUCCUCCUUAGCAAGCAGUUCCUUGACUGUCUCCCUGCUGUUUAUAGUCUAAAUGAAAACUCAAACAUGCAGGGAUCUUAGAAAGGCAUCACGUAGAAUAUGAUAGGAGAGUUUCUAACUGGAAGAGACCAUGAGGCACCUUCUUAUUCCAUUCGGGUUUAUUUGCAUUUUACUGUUUGUUUAUUGAUGUUAAAGUCUUCAGCAUUGGAACUAUAUGAACCUUUGGUCCUGUGGGAUCUGGACAGACAUUUUCAAAAUUUCAAGGAAACAGCAUGCUGAUACUGAGAGUGAGCUGUCAAGUACCACAAGUUCCAUGUGUAGGUGUGUAGAACUGUUGCACUGUGCUAGAAGAUAAAUUCAUUGCCGUCAGUAUGGCUUGUACUGUUGGUCAUGGCAUGGUUGGAUGCUGCAUGUGCUGAUGAGAAGGCCUGUCCUCAGCAUCUCCUUAGAGAAAGUCUACAUUUCAGUGUAGUUUGGGCUAAUGUAGGCAUCAGUGCAGACUUGUGUGACUUGUUUUUUGCUGUACAUGGUAUCUCCUGCUACUAGUAUGAACUUUAAAGAGCUGCUAGGGUCAGAUCCAAACCUUUUUUUUUUUCAGUCAGACUUCUCUGUCUGAUAUUGAAUGUGUUUCAUUGCUCAGCAUGUGUUAAGGUCUCUUAAAUAAAAUUCAUUGAGCCUUCUAGUUUUGUGUUAGAAAUUACAUUUUGCUAAGUGUUUUACUGUAAGAGUAACCUGCUGUUCUCAACGGCAUUGCAAGGAGACAUGGCUGAUAUUACUGUAGAUUAUUUCUAACUGUAUUUUAAAUGUUGAAAUUAUUAUUACAGUGGAAAGGAUAAGAUCUUGCUGGAUUUCUGAAGGAUGAGAUAGUAGUGAAAGUAUAAUACUUCCAAGUCAGAUCUGAGAAGCAAAAUGUUACAACUAAAAAAUAUGUGAGAUACCUAAGAAGAGCAUUAUUUUAAAUUUUAUUCUAUUUUGUGAUUGAUUGUGGAGCUUUCACAGUUUGUUUUGGGUUUUGUUUUUGUUUUUUAAUUUAUUUGCUUAUUUAUUUCCCUUUUUUUCAGAAUUAAAAUAUCUAAAUAUUUAGUCAAUUUAUUCUUAAUUAAAGAUUAUGGUUGCAUAUGUCACUAAAUACAGACCUUAGUGCAACUAAUGAACAAAUAAACUUUUGUUUAAAGGCUUCACAGAUAAUCAAUCACAAAUCCUGGCUGGGAGCUUGUAGCUGUUACUUUUUCAUGUCAGUAGAAUUAAGCCAAGCUUUAUAGGUUUAAAUUAAUCAAGCUGAUGAAAGGCUGUUUUUUUUUAAUUUGUUUGUUUUCCUAAAAAAGUGGAUGAAUUUGACUUCUGUCUAUAUGGGAAGAGAGGGACAUACGUGAUUAGAGAUAGAAAUCUGUGCAUGUGCGUGCAUGUGUGUAUGAGAGAAAGAGAGCAUCCAGACAGAUAGAUUACUUUGCAGUGUAAAAAUGUUGAAUUAAAAAGAGAAAUGCUGGUGUUUAUAGAGAAUCUUGUAUUUGACGAGAGCAGCCCUGGAAAAGAACUCUCCCAGUAAUCUCUGUUUAACUGACUCAAGUGGAAGAAAGCCAAGUUGUUCAGUUGCACAAUGGGUUGCAAUCAUGUGGGAGAGUUCCCAGUUGGAAGUUGAAAACUGAAAACCUGACAUGCAUAAGUGAAUGAAGCUACCCUGUGUGAUGUGUUGAUUUAAGAUUUUUCUCUCCCUCCUUAAAAAUAGAACGGGGCUCCCCCCUUUGUCUGGGUACUGAAGAGGCAAUACUGUGAGACACAAAAUUAGUUUAAAAUUGACAUUUUGGACAUUGGUGAUAAUUUGUCCUGACAUUAUGGCUACUGUUUGUUUUUGUGACAAGCAGCCUUGAUCCAAGUGGGCAUGGUUAGAGCCAAAUUUAAUAGACAACCAUUGUAAUUUUCUGCCUUGCAGACAGCAGAGACUUUCUAAUGUUCCUUCACCACAACAAUAAGGGAUUACUGAAUAACAAGUCCACAGGAUUGGGGGAGGAUUGAAAGGAUUAAUGGAGUAUGACAAAAUUGCACCUGAGGGGGAGAAUCUUUAGCAGUUUCUGUAUCCUAAUGUUGUGGUACAUCAGGCAAAUUGGCAAUUGCUACUGAUCUUUACACAUACAUGUCUUCAAAUAAAGUGGGUGAAAGUCAAGCAGAUGCAGCUAUGUAGCUAAGGCUGUCAUAAACAUUUAUGUUAUCAACUGCAAAAAUCAUUUAAUACUAUCUUUUUAAGUGUUUUGAUGAUCAACUAUAUUAAACAUCAGUGGAUUGUAGGCACUGUACUCUAAAUCAUUUUUUACUCCACUAUAACCUCUUAUCCUACUAAACUAAAUCCUAAAAAAGAUUAAAAAUGUAGGGUUAGUCCAACCCUUCUCUCCAAAGAUAAUUAAGGAAUACAGUUCCUGUUUAGGAAGAGUAUUUUCAGCUUUAGAACUCAGCAGUUCCCCCCCCCCCAACCAGAAAACAAACAUAUAAAAAUUGUUUUGUAGUCGCAUUCAUGUGGUGACCUAAUGGUAACAACCCCCUCUAUCCUUCUGAUAAAAAUCCAUUUCAACACAACAAUAGCAAUCUUAGCCCCAAGUUCUUACCAAGUAUUAAUUUUUUUUAAUGAACUGUUUAGCACUAUGAAACAUCAGCAGUUUGAAACAUCAGAAGUUUGUUAGUAGAUGCUUGAUUUCUUUUCAUACUGGUUUAAACCAAGAAUCCCAAUACUAGUGGCAGUGGAUUUACAGGAAAUUGAAAUAAGGAGCAAUAAGAGCAAUAAGGGCAUUAUUCAUCUUUACUUUUAAAACUAUAACUUUUCUUUGAAAAGGAACUUAAUAUAUAUAGUAAACAUUGCUCAUUACCUCUCUAAGAAAAAUAUAAACUUGGCAGCAUUUUUUGGACUUAAGUUGAAGUUUUAGCUUUAUGUUAUGUUCCUAACAACUGAACUAGCCUUUACAUCAUACUAGUUUUCCUUUCCUCUCAGUUUGGUAUAAACAGACAUUAGGGAAAAUAGAAACUGGUGCAAAUAGGUAAACAUAUACCUAUGUAGGUCUACAAAAGAAAGACUAAAUUAAAGAAGAGAAAUCACACAAAUACAGUUGCUAUGUGAGGUCAUCUCAUGUAUUGUGAAUUGUUUAAGGAAAUGUUUCUUCAGCAGCACUGACUGAAGGUCAUGUUGUUAUUUGGACUUUUGACUAGUGGAACAGCAAACGAUUCAUUAAUUCCAUUAGCCAUCCUUUCUGCACACUGGGAAAAGCAAAUGUAAUCUGUCAACUAUUCCUACUGUAUACUUAAGCUGUCAAGGAUCCUGGAAGGCUUCAGUUAUCCUCUUUGAAGAUAUCAAAGGAAGGGGUGGACUAUUUUGUGUCUUUAAAGAGAAAUAGAGAAAAAAUGUGCCACAUAAUGUAAGCUAAAAGAUUUUUUUUUAACCUAAAGUGACACUCUAAUACAGAAGCACAGGGCAGGUUUCUGACUGGUAAAGCUUCUGGGUUUUUUUGGUUUUGUUUUUGGGGUAUUGUUUGUUUGUGGUGGUGGUGGUGUUGUUUGGAGUUGUUUUUUUUGGGGGGGGUUUGGUUUUGUUUUGGGGUGGUUUUUUGUUUUGUUUUGUUGGGGUUUUUUGGUGUGGUUUUGUUUGUUUGGUUUUUUUGUAUUUGUUUUGUGUGUGUGUGUGUGUGUGUGUGUGUGGUUUAUUUUUUUUUUUAAGAAGUCUUAAAAGUACAGGCUGUCAGCAUGCCAUUAAACCUGUCUUGUCUCCAGGAGCCAUGCCAGGGACUUCUCAUUUCCCUUCCUUUCAGGCUCCUGCAGCAGUUCAUAGGUCUCACCCUGCGUGCUGCUGCAUGUGGUGGACAGGCGAGUGUAGCAUGACUGAAGUCAGUGGGCACACUGCGCUCCUAGCAUUGUAUAUUAGGCAAAAUUGUGAUGCAUAUUUUUAUAGCUCUUCACCGUGAAGUUUCUGGUGGGUUAGUGGACAGCAAAAGUAAAAAACAUCACGUGGAUCUGCAAAAUUAUUAGUAUUUCUUCCUGCUGUUAACAUGGAUGACAGCUGAAAGCCUAGUACUGCAUUUAAAAUGAAAAAGCGAAGAGGGGUUCCAGGAUUAGUAGCCCAGCCAAAAGUGGAUUGCAUCUGAAUUGCAGUGUCUGUCCCUGAAGUGAUUACUGCUAUGGGUAGUGUUUUGCAGACAGACAGUAGUUUUUCUCCAUAGAAGAGACAGUUAUAUUGAAAAGGCAGUGAGACUCUUUGAUGUAAGACAUUUCAUUUUAACUAUGCUGAAAAAACAGUAAGUAAAUCCAUGUAGGGUGGAUUUUUGCAAAUCUGUGUAGGAAUGGAUUUUUGUCCACCUGACCCAUGUGCUGAAAAGAAAUAAUGUGCUCUCUUCUGCAGAUCUCAAUGUCCCAGACAUCCUUGGUGGUGGUUAAAAAUCCACCGUCGGUUAUUACAUGUUUCAGCAUAUUCCUUUUAUUUCAGCAAUAAUGAAUGCAAAGCUGUCUUGUCCUUUGCAAAUGCUUUGAGCUGUUCAGAUAACACAUUGCAGAGUGGUUGGACACAAAUCACAUAACCCUACUGUGCUCUGUUUGAAAGGAAAGUACAACUUUUAAUUCAUUAUUGGCUAACUAAUUUUCUAGUAUGCUUUUCCCACAGUUUUGAGUGACAGUCCCACACUCCCAAUACAUGGUUUCUUUAAUUGCAGUGCUAAAAUUUGACUUUCUCUUUAAAGAUGUAAUUUUACGUCCUGAUGGUAAAAUAUUUAGUAGUUUACUGCUCACUCUUCUAUCCUGAAAAGGAAACACAUUUUUCAUACUUCUUAAGGCAUAACUUUGUCACUGUGUGAUGAUUUUCCUCUAAAAUAUGAAAAACUGUAGAAAAGGAGAUCCAUCUGUUGGGAAAGUUUCUCUCUGUGUAUGAUAUGAUGUAAUGAGUAAUCAUAAAUGUAAAACACUUGAUGUGACGAUUUCCUAUAUAAUGAUUAUGCAGUAGUUAGUAGCCACAGUAUACUAUAUUACUCUUGUUACGUAUUUUGGAGGUGGACGCUAUGGAUUCAUAAUACAGUUGAACUUGUAUAAGUAGUGUCAGUCCAUCUGAGGGAGACUCUUCCCCCAGGUUGAGAAUUAUGAAUUUACAGUGUUGAUUUUUUGAACCUUAUGAGCCACUACAGAGUGGAAAAUACUUAAGGAUAGCAGUGUAUGUACUUCUGUAUGUUACUGAGUGUUAAAAUAAACAAUCAGUUGAUUGUUAAAUAAACUAAUAUAUAUAUAUACAAUGCAUUAUAUUUAUGCAAAAAAUAGCUGCAAAAAUCAGGUGAAGUGUUUCACUUUUAUUGUAGUAAUAGGCACCAUUGCUAUGUAUUUAUCUAUGCAUAGUUUAGGAGAGAAGAAGAUGCUGUUGAUGAUUCUGUAAUAUUUCCUUCAUUGUAGUGGCUAUGGAAUUGAAUUCACUGAUAUGUAUAGUAAUGAAUCUUUAAAACUAUCCUUUAUAAUCAGUGUUGAACAGUGCAAACAAACAGGUGUCCUUUAAAAAAUGGGCUUUUGUACACUUUGAGUAAAGAACUACCUAAAAAAGGUAUAAAGUAGUUGUACGUUCAAAAUGUAUUAAAUUCCAUUUUUCCUUUGCUAUAUUUUGUAAAACAUUUUCAUUGUAAACAGUAUGCCUCUCACACAUGUCAAAUCAAAGCUCUUUAUUUUAGAAAUAUAUACCUAAUGUAUAGAAGCUUAUUGCACUCUCAUGCAAUGUAUAUAUUGUGACUUCAAAAAGUCUGUACUGAACUUUGCUUAAACUACUAGUAUGUGGAUUUCUUUCAAAUUUAUUUUUAAUUAAUGAUAUUAAGGAUAAGAUCCUUUCUAAAUGUACUUUAAAAUUCACAAUAAAGUUUCAGAAGUUGUUUUGUACAA